AUGUCCGUCGUUGUGGAUGUCAUCGUAGCUCGAGAUGAAAAUAUGUUUGAGAAACUGAAGAAGGCGGCUCAAGACGGGGAUAUAGGAAAGCUUUACGAGUUGAUAGCAGAAGAUAAAAACAUUUUAGAUCACUUUGAUAAAAUGGCUUUUUGUGAGACACCACUACACAUUGCAGCUGAGAAAGGGCAAACUCAUUUUGCCAUGGAAGUAAUGAGCCUUAAGCCGUCGCUUGCUUUGAAGCUAAACGUGUCAGGUUUCAGCCCUAUGCAUUUAGCCCUACAAAACAACCACAUUCGAAUGGUGAGAGGGUUUGUCGCAAUUGACAGCAGCUUAGUCAGCAUCAAGGGAAGAGGAAGGAUUACUCCUUUGCAUCACGUGGCUCGAAUAGGUGAUGCAGAAUUGUUGAGUGAGUUUUUGUUUGCUUGUCCUUCUUCUGUAAACGGUUUGACGAUUAAGUGUGAGACCGUUGUGCAUAUUGCUGUGAAGAACCACCAGAUUAUGGCAUUUAAGGUUCUAUUGGGAUGGGUCAAGAGAGUAAACAGAGAGGACAUCUUGGACUGGAAGGAUGAAUAUGGUAACACAGUCUUCCAUAUUGCUGCAUCCAUAAAUCAAACUGAGCUAUUCUAA